AUGAUGUGCCCCCAUUAUGCCAACACUUCUAGUUUUCUUGGGACACUGAAUGGAACUUGCUUUCGAUGGAACCCAGCUGAACCUCUGGUUACAAUUAAGCUGGGAAAUGAUAAAGUUGAAUUUUUAGUCGAUACGGGAGCAGUAUAUUCUGUUUUGAAUACUUAUAAAGGGAAAUUGGGAAAUAAAACAGCAAACAUAAUUGGAGCGACUGGGAAACAGGAAAAUAGACCAUUCUUUCAACCCCUUGAUUUAAAAUUUGGAAAUAAAGCAAUUACACAUGAAUUUUUGUAUGUGCCAGAAUGUCCGAUACCCUUGUUGGGUCGAGAUUUGUUAUCCAAAUUAAAUGCACAGAUAGCUUUUGAGGGAGGAGAAAUUCUUUUAAAAAUACCAGAAUCAAAGACAGGAGAAAUAUUGAUGAUACAGGAGAAGGUUAAGAUUCAGGAGAUGCCGCAAGAAGUUGAUGAUGCUGUGAUCCCUACAGUUUGGAACACAGAGAUACCUGGAGAAUCUAAAAUGGCACAGCCUGUAAAAGUAGAACUGAAGGAAAAUGUGAAACCAGUGAGAUUAAAGCAGUAUCCAGUUAAACCUGAGGCUAGAUUGGGAAUCAAGAAAUUAAUUGAUAAAUUUUUGGAAUAUGGAAUCUUAGAGGAGUGUGAAUCUGAAUAUAAUACUCCAAUUUUACCAGUGAAAAAACCAUCAGGAGAAUAUAGAUUAGUACAGGAUCUGAGGGCGAUAAAUCAGAUAGUGAAAGAUAUACAUCCUGUAGUGACCAAUCCAUAUACACUUUUAACAGCUCUAGGGGAGAAUCACCAGUGGUUUACAGUGCUUGAUUUAAAGGAUGCUUUCUUUUGUACACCCCUGGAAGAAGGAAGUCAAAAAUUAUUUGCUUUCGAGUGGGAAAAUCCAAAGACAGGACGAAAAACACAAUUGACAUGGACAAGAUUGCCGCAAGGAUUCAAGAACAGUCCAACAAUUUUUGGGAGCCAAUUCGCAAAAGAACUUGAGAUGUGGAAACGAGAUGGUCCCAAACCUGGACAUUUGCUCCUACAGUAUGUAGACGACAUAUUAAUAGCGACAGAAGAGAGACCAGCGUGUAUAAAGGUAACAAUUGAUCUUUUAAACUUUUUGGGGCUAAGCGGAUACAAAGUCUCUAGAACUAAGGCCCAGAUAGCAAAACAGACUGUGAUAUAUCUGGGUUUUGAAAUCUCACAAGGGCAAAGACAGUUGGGAACAGACCGCAAAGAAGCAAUUUGCAGUAUCCCGGAGCCGAGAAAUACUCUCUCACAGAUGUACGCAGGGAUAUUCCUGGAGGUGGAGAGUGAUUGCAAGCAAGCCUGUAGGAGGUGUGACCAGAGAGAUGAACUACUCUGCCUGGUGGCCGAGCUACAGGAGGAGGUGGGUGGACUGAGGAGCAUCCGAAAGCCUGAGAAGGAGACUGAUCAAUGGAGCUGUGCUCUGCCAUUUCUGAUGCAUGCAAGUCAACUCAGCAUGGCCACUAUGGAGGCAGGUCCAGGAUCUGUUUUGUGCCAGGAGGAAGGCAGCGUUACAAGGGAUAGGGAGGAGUGGAAGCAGGUUACUGCAUGGAGCUGUAAGAGGAAUCCCUCCUUACCCUCUCAGCUACCUUUACAGAAUAGGUACAAGGCUCUGGGUAUGGUAGACGAAGCGCAUAAUGAGAUGGAGGAGGAACCUGUGCAAGCACUGGCACCAAGGUCAGAUCAACCAACCCCUCGCAACAAGACCUGCAUUAAGACCAGUGCCAAGAAGAAACAACAACGAGCUAUAGUCAUAGGUGGCUCCCUCCUGAGCAGAACAGAGGUGCCCAUUUGCAGAUGGGACCCUCUUUUCAGGGAAGUUUGCUGCCUCCCUGGGGCCCAAAGCAGGGAUGUCACCGGUCAACUCAUGAGCUUAGUACAGCCUUUCAUGUGA